AUGGAUAAUAGUGUUGACACUAAGGAAGUUGUGAAGUCUUAUCUCAAGCCGAAAACAAUCGUCUCUGCUCUGAUAGAUGAAAUUGAUAGAACGAGUGAUCGUUACAAGAUAAAGGUUCAGAUAAUCAAUCUUUGGAAAUCAUAUCGUAAAAACAAGGUUACAUCCAUAGAGAUGGUAUUAGCAGAUGAAGUGGGCUCUAGAAUUCAUGCAACUGUUGAUGGAGAUUUGGUGGAGCAAUUUAAUUCAGAAUUGACGGAAGGCCAUGUCAUAGGGCAGGUUGUUAGUCUAGAAACUUCUGACGUUAUCGCUCAAGGAAAACCAAUAAAAAAGUUGGACGUUGUUCUAAGUAAUGCCAGUGAUAAUCGCUUGACUUGUACGCUGUGGGGAAAUUUCGGAAAGAAAGUAAUCGACUACGUGACGAAAAAUAGUGCGUCUGUGAUCGUGUGUGUUGUUAGAUUUGCUUCAGUAUCAGAAUGGAAAGGAGUUUACAGUAUUUCAAACUCUUUCAACGCAACACAGAUAUUUCUCGAUCCACAUUCUAAACAAAUUGAAGAUUUUCGAGCCUUGUUGCCAACCAAUGCAUUUGUGAUAUCCAAUGAACCUAAGGUGCCAUCAUCAUCCACUAAGUCUGUUUCAUGGAGAGAUGAAUUCUUUGAUAGAAAUGAAAGAAAGACAAUUCAGGGUAUUGUUUAUGCUGAUACGGAAAUGAAAUGUGUUGCUGCUGCGACAGUUGUUCGAGUCGAAUAUAAUCCUAUAUUGUAUUAUAUUGCAUGCAGAACUUGCGAUAAAACAGUUCAUCCAAUAGAAUCUGAUUCUACCGAUGACGAUUCCGUGCUAUUUGAUUGUAGAGAAUGUGGCGAGGCUGUCUCAGAUGUUGUAGCCAGGUAUAAGUUAGUGUUGGUUGUUUCCGACGAGUCUGGCGAAGACAUAAGAUUCUUACUGUUUGAUAAAAUCGCUAGCGCAUUUCUCCGAGUUCAGGCAGAUACUUUAGCUGAGGAGGUUGCUGAGGACGGAACUUUGGUGCUUCCAUGA